AUGGCGGCCGCCGCGGGGUCGUACGGCAAGCUCGACAAGUCAUUCAAGCUUGCCGCUCGCUCCGUACUCACCGCCUUCUCCCGCGAGGAUCUUAACAAUGCUUUCCCAUCGUUCACGGACGCCGAAAGGGAGCACCUGUACCAAAUGUUCAUCUAUGCGAUCAAGUCUUUGCAUGGCAACAUAGUGGAGGAGUUCCGAAAUUUCUGCGACGAAAUAGAAAUUGCUACUGCCCUUGACAAGGUAGAUCAGUUUGUCGAAGAACAAACUCUGGACGUAUUAUCUUCAGACAAGACUAGCAUUGAAGACAUGAAAGAAAGGAUAUCAAAGGAGAAGAAGGAUGAAAUUGAACUUUUAAAAGGUUUACUAGAGAAGACUCAAGAAAGGAACAAUGCCAUGAAGGCCCGAAUCGAACCCUUAAAGCAAGGGGGGGAUUUUAAUGACACAAGAGAUGUUCUCGCGAAGCUGAAGGAAUGGAAUACUGCAUGUCAGAGCUGCAAUGACCAUUGA